AUGAAACGACCCAGUCAGUUUGGCCAUCGGCCCCUCACGCCCAACCCACCGGGCGCGGACGGUUCCGUGAAGACCAGCACCUCCAUCCAUCUACCGGCCGAGCAACAAUUGGAACUGGCACGUUGCGUCAAGUCCUGGCUGACCUGCAAGGCUGUCAAAGCGGAGGAGGAAUCGACCCUGGGUCGGCCCAUCGCUUUCUCGGAGUGGGCGCGGGCCUUGGGCGUGGAGGAGUCGGCGCUGAGGCGACAAAUCGCGGACGGGAAGGCAGCCCGGGAGCUGCUGGUGAAGACGAACAUCAACUUGGUCAAGUCCAUGGCUGUGCGCUUGCACCAGAGCCAGGAGAAGAACGAGAAUAGACUGAGCGUGGACGAUUUGAUAUUGGAAGGGACGCAAGGCAUAUUAAAAGCCGCCGCCAAGUUCGACCCGACGCGCAACGUCCGCUUCUCCACGUAUGCCGUGUGGUGGAUCCGGCAGGCAAUCUCCCUCGCCAUCCAGACCCACAGCAACACCGUGCGCCUGCCCGUGCUCCUGCAGACCCGCAUUAAGAAAAUCAAGGCUGCUAGGCUGCGCCUGUACCUUCAGCUGGAGAGGGAGCCCACGCACGAGGAGGUGGGGAGGGAGGUAGGCCUGCCCGCGGGGAAGGUGGAGCGGAUCCGGAGGAAGACGGCCAGGGGGCGUCUGGUGGGCGAGGAGGAGGAGUGGGUGGUGGCGGGCAUGACCGUGGCGGGCACGGAAGGGCCGGAGGAGGAGCAGCAGCAGCGGGGGACGGGUGGGAUAGAGGGGAGGGAGGGCGAGGCGGGCGGGGAGGUGACGGACUACGUCCUCUUCUUCAAGACGGAGGAGGCCCAGGAGGCGAUGAAGGGCGCGACGCAGCUGGUGGUGGGGGGCAGCGGGGGCGUAGCCGUGGGGCCGUUGGGGCGCUCAGGGGCCUGGCAGUACCACUGGAGCCUGGGGAAGACACGGAUGGCGUGA